AUGGAGAACUCAACCCAAGUCAAGUUAUUUUAUCUCUUUGGCUUAAAAGAGACAUUUAACAACAAAUCGGUCUAUUUUAUCUUGUCUCUUAUCACAUAUCUUCUCAUCAUCACUGUGAAUCUGACUCUGAUCAUAACAAUCAUUCAGGGGAAAGGCCUCCAUGAGCCCAUGUAUAUCUUUCUGUGUAGUCUAUGUGUCAAUGGAUUGUAUGGAACCGCUGGUUUCUACCCCAAGUUGUUACUGGACCUUCAGUCGGAUGUUCAGGUGAUAUCUUAUMGUGGAUGUUUSACUCAAGKCUAUGUKAUAUACACAUCUGUCKUGUGUGAAAUMUCUACUCUAACAGUGAUGUCUUACGACAGGUAUGUGGCAAUAUGCAGACCACUACUAUACCAUACCAUUGUGACAUCUUUAACUGUUAGAAAGUUACUAUUAUUUUCUUGGUGUUAUCCUUUAUUUGCAGGACUCAUAUCACUAAGUUCAGCUCUACUUUUCAUUGUAUUUUCUUACUGUAAGAUUGUAAGGACUUGUGUAAAGUCAGCUAAGGGAAGGAUUAAGUUUACACAGACAUGUGUGCCACAUUUAAUAACAAUGGUUAUUUUCGUCACAGUGACCCUGUUUGACACGUUGCAAGGGUGGAAUGGUAGUAUAAAUAUUACGCUAAAUAUGCGUAACGCAAUGGCUGUACAGUUCCUUGUUAUACCACCUGUCUUAAACCCUGUCAUAUAUGGACUUAACCUCCAGCAGAUUCGAAGGGCAGUUUUUAGAAAGU